AUGGCUUCCACCAGCAAUAUUCAAAAUGGCACAUUAUCUUUUUCCUCUUAUUGUUCUGAAUACCGGUGGGAGUACGAAGUUUUUCUCAGUUUCGGAGGUGACACCCGCAAUAAUUUUACUGACCAUCUCUAUCGCGCUUUGGCUUUUGAUAAAGGGAUUAUAACCUUUAGGGACAAGGAAGGACUUGACAGGGGAAAACCCAUUUCACCGGAACUCUUGAAUGCAAUCGGGAAGUCGAAGAUAGCCGUCGUCAUUUUGUCAGAAAAUUAUGCAUCUUCCACUUGGUGCUUGGAAGAACUUGCAAAUAUUCUUGAAUGCGUGGACGCGGGAAGGAUGAGAGUUUUGCCCAUUUUCUACCACGUGGAUCCUAGUGAUGUGCGGCAUCUGAAGGGGACUUUUGCAGCUGCCUUUGCUAAACAUGUUUUGGCCAUUUUCCACAAUGUACAUGACCAACGUUUCAAGGAGAAGAAGAUGCAAAGGUGGAGCGCUGCUUUGAGAAGAGUGGCGGACCUCAGCGGACACCAUUUAAAGGAUGAGAUCUUCAUUUGUUAGUUAAGAAGACUGCGCCCUCCAACACGUACAGAACUUGAAUCUUACAGUUUCUUA